AUGCGAUACCGCUCUAGUCGGAAACCUAGAAGAUGGAGUUUUCUAACCUGGUUUCCUCGUCCAUCUCGUGAACGACAUCUAUUUUGGUGGCCACGGAGGAGUAGACAGCUUCUAGGGGUGGUGUUCGUGAGCAUCCAUCUGAGUGGUAUGGGCGUCCUUGGAAUUUGGCACUGGGGAGUUCUUAGAAUCCGUGGGCUCAACCCAUCUUUACCUCCAACUGAAUGUUUCGAGAGGAUCAACACGACCUACCUCUUCAUGGACUUUCCGAUUACCAGCCGGAGAAUCCGCAUUCUAUCACUCGCCUUCUAUUCAUUCAUGGUGAUCCCGGUUGUCAAUAUCGAAAUCUCCGUCAUGCUCGUCAACAUCAUCAGCUGGUUAAUCGUAUCCCCUACCCGAAGAGCGUUUCGUCGAGUAAUCCCACAAGCUCUGGUGUGGGUUUACACCGUAUUGACAGUCCUCGUUUACGGUCGUGAGUGGGAGUGGCUGGAACCUCGGUUGAAGUGCCUCACGGCGGUACUCUUUCCAUUGAUAAUUGCUGUGCAUACCGUCAUUGACACGGAGUUCAUGAUAAAAAAGAACAUGCCGUUGAUUGGAACUGAGGAAUCGCGUUGGACGUUCGGUCAAAUCCUGGCUCUUAUGCUAGUCAUCCUCCCAUUGCUCCAAGCCCUAUCAAUGUUCACGAAGGGUACCCCGCUCGGAAAACGGCUCUGGAGAUGGGCUGCGAAUAUCAAUCACUCGCCAACACAGAAUCGUCGCUUCAACAUCGAUUUUCUAUGGCUUAUGCGAAGCCUUCUCCUUCCGAGUCAACCAUGGUCAAACCUUUACAACGAACUCAACGACGAGUUCUCAAAGGCUCGGUGUGCUGUUGCUGAUCUCGGGAAGGAGAUUGUGGAUUUAACCGACGUCGAGAGUAGCACAUCUCACCUGUCACUCCCCUGCGUCGCCGCAUCCGCCGUUUUCGCACUAAGGUCUUUACUAUUCUUAGCAGACCAGACUCUGAAAAUCACAAACGAGACAUUCACCUUUCCCGGGCAUCCUCCCCUUAUUGCUCCCAUCAUUACAGGACCUGAUAGCCUCCCCGGUUCAUCUUUGACCUUCGAUGAGGAACGAUUCUACCAGCGGAGGCGGAGGCGCAGGGCAAAACCAAAAUACCCUCAGGCUCGCCGCGAAGAGGAUGCUGAGAAAGACAAGGAACAGGAGCAAAGGAAUGCGGAGGCUCGUAUCGAACUUGCGUUGAAACAACUCAAACACGCGUUGACAGAAGCGAGAGACAAAGUUUCCAUAGCCCAGAGCGUGCGGUUUCCGGAUAUCGAGGGUGCCAGUCGUUACAACGCAGUAGCCAGUCACCUAAGGCACCUCCUCAUAGUCCUUGACACGACCCUCAUCACUUCCAAGAACCUCGAGUUGACAAGAGCAUGCUAUUUGCGAGAAGAGACCAGCAAUCCGGAUCGAUAUCAUGUUUGUCACUUCAAUUAUCGGGACGCCGUCGGACAGAUGAGUGCAAAUCUUGUUUACGAUUUGGGGGGAAUGUUCGAGAGAGACUUCAAGGAGCGAGAAAAGAAUCAAGAAGGCGGGGUAGACUUGUCGGACCUGAAGGAGCUUUUCGAUGACAAAAGCCAAGCAGGUUCGUCCUCCAACGAGUAG